AUGUACGCAGCACUUCGUGGAGUGGUGGUUGUGCUCGAGACAGAGUUGGCGCAGGUCUUGCAGGCUGGAGCCCGGUCGACGCCAGGCUCGGUCGAAGGUAGCAUCGUGCAGCAGGGCUCCGACGGCAGCAUGGCAGGUGCUGAGCAGCUCGUGGCAACGGCGGUGGCUGCAGCGACGACGCCGACGUCCUUUCCAGCUGUGGCAGAGGCGGCCGCUCCGCCUCUUGCUCCGCAGCUGCCUCCCGAUGGCCCCAAGCAGGAAGCUCGCGCUCCGAGCCAAGCUGCUGAGUCUGUGGGCCCGGAGGAGGGUUUUGUGCGGGCGGAGUUGAACAACGUCCUCCAGGCUGCCACGGUCAAAGCAGAGAGCUCGGCAACAGGCUCGGUAGCAGGCAGCCCCGUGGUGCAAGGCUCUGUGGGCAGCUUCACGGUCGCGGAACAGCUGACAGCUGCGGCCGUGGCUGCGGCGGCCGUGCCGCAGCCGUCGGCUCCAGCAUCGGAGGUUCUGCACACAUCCGAGGUUGGCGAUCUCAAUGAUGCCGCAGCAGCUGCACAUGUCGAAGCGGCACCUUCCACGGCUGUGAUGGAGACAGUCAUCUCCCAGGGCGCAUCGGCCAUCCCUGCUUUCGUGACACCGGAGGUGGGUGCCCCUGCGUCCUCAGUGUUGGAACCAGCUGCAACUGCCGAGGAGCCGGCAUCCGCAACAGCUGAGGGACAGUCCUCAGGGCCCGCAGCCCCUAGCACGUCUGCAGCCUUACCAGCAAUGCCAGCCGAGACUCAGCACGUCCCGGCAUCCGUUGCGUCUGCUGGCGAGCAAGACCAGGCAGCGCUGGAGUCUGCAGCCCAUCAGAUGCUCACGGACGUUGCGAAGAAGGCCGAGCGUGCCGUGAGCCACGCGACGGGUUCGAUGGGAUCGGAGGUCGUGCCAGAGGGCUUCGCCCAGGAGGAGAUGGACACUGUCUUGCAGGCAGCCGCGAGCAGAGCGCAGAGCUCUGCAACAGGCUCGGUGGCAGGCAGUCCCAUAGUGCAUGGGUCUGCUGGAAGCUUGACGGUCGCAGAGCAGCUGACGGCCGCGGCCGUGACGGCGGCCCAUGAGCAUCCAAGGCCAGCGCCUGAACCGCCGAGUGCGUCACCCGAGGCCUUGCAGGCGGAGCAGGUCGCCGACAGCGUUGUGGCAGCAGCCGCCAGGCAAGUCGAAAGGACGCCAUCUACCGCGGUCAUGGAGACGGAGAUCUCGCAGGUCGCUUCGCCCCUCCCUCCGCUGGUGACGGCAGAGGUCCUGGCUGCAACGUCGUCCGUGGUCGAAGUGGUUGCAACCGACGAGGAGCCGGAGGCUCAAGUUCCCGCCGCAAAACCGGUGGUGGAGGAAGCACCAGGACACCAAGAGCCACCGGAUGUCCCUGCAGCGUUGGCACCCCAGCCGGCACCAGCUCCAUCGUCGGAGGUUGGUCCCGCUUCAGUUCACGCCAGCUCUGCUGCGGCUUCGGGCACGGCGGGCCUUGACAUUGUGCCCCGUUCUGAGCAAGGCCAACCGAUCGCUUCCACGCCCGCAGACGAGGCAACGGAGGCGGCAUCGGCUUCGGUGGUCCAUGAGACAGGCACGUCAGAUCUCCCGGCACAGCAGUUGCUACCACGACCUUCGCAGGAUGCAGGAGAUCAUGAGGAGGUGGUCAGUGCUUCGCACAGCGAGGUGCACGAAGGGCGCCUUGGUGAGACAGUCGUCCACGACAUCCUCCACUCCGUGGCCGAGAAAGAGGAGCCUGCAACUGCUGUUGCGUCGUCACCGAGAGAGGUGCAGGUGCCGAGUGAGUGGAUCACUCCGCAGGCACCAGCCGACUCUGCACCGGGAUCUGCGGCACAGCAGCCCGGCGAGACAGUGACGCCAGCACCAGUGGCUGCGACAUCUCCCGUGCCAAGCGAGCACUUCUCCCACGCCGAGCAGGCACCCGCCAUUGCAGGGCCAGCCGCAGAGCAUCCUGCGGAGACAGCGCCUACGACGGUUCCGGUGGCUGCGCCCUCUCCUGUGCCGAGCGAGCCUGUGGUCCCGGAGGCGCCAAGUGCGCCGGGAAGCGACCAUGGGCCCACGGCACCGAGUGCAGCAGGAAGUGAACAUCCCGUGCCAAGCGUGCCAGGAAGUGAACAUCCUGCACCGAGUGCAGCAGGAAGUGAACAUCCCGCCGUGCCAAGCGUGCCAGGAAGUGAACAUCCUGCACCCAGUGCUCCUGGCAGCGAACCACAGGCACCUAGCGCUCCUGGCAGCGAACCACCAGUUCCCGUGGCAAGCGACGAGCUAACGCAGGAGCCCUCAGAACCCCAGGACGCAGUCGAGGCACCAGUGGUCAUCCAGGAGCCCGUGGAGGACCCCGGGCGUACCAUGCGCAUUCCCCAGGCAGAGGCGCUAAAAGAAGCACAGUAUUCCGACUCCGUCGUCUCCUCGCGCUCCGACUCGGCGCGCUACGACCGGCCGACGGAGCCCUCGGCCGCGAUGCCCUCUCUGGUGGACCCGCGCCUCGGCGACUGA